AUGGCUGCAUUCCUGAGGAUGCAAUCCGCUUCGGGCAUAGUUAUGCUGGUUUGUCUUUUCAGCGUACUUGCCUUCGCUACAGCUCUCGAUAAAGGGAAGUUGGUCUCACUUGAUGGAAUAAAUUACUGGGUAGGAGGUAUUGCUGUGUCUAGGCUGCCAUCGUCUGCAAUAGUGAACUGGAAUUGGACUGUUUCAGACAUUGUCCCGUUGACCGUCAUCCGGACAAACGCGACAACCUUCACCUCAGACAAUCUCAAAGAAACCGUCGCUACAUUCACGGCCUCCGAUGAUGUUUUUGGUCUUAGCUUCCUCGAAGUUAUCUUUCUUCAGUACGAUGGCCAGGGCCAGGUCCAAUUUGAGUCGGCUCUUGACUUACAUUCGAAGAUCCUUGGCAACAAGUUGACAAUUAUCUCUUCCGAGUAUCAGCCUCAACCGCCUUUGGCGCAAGCCAAUCUACAAAAGAGUCUACCGAAUGGUCCAUACUUUAUCUCACCUAGGACUGGUGAUAUUUUCAAGGCGUUCCGACUUUACUCAGACCAUCAACUGGCCUUUACCGAAGGAGCAGUCAGUGAUGAGAUGGGUGGCUUUGUAUCUUUGCCAGCCGCAACAGAAGGAGCCAUGACCAAGAGCAUCGCCGUGCCGUCUAGGCUGUAUUACACGCCUACCACCGAUAGGCCACUCGCUGGGCUUCGUUGUGGUGUCAAGGACAUCUUCGAUUUGAAGGGUCUACGGACUAGCGGGGGCAACCGAGCCUUCUAUGAUUUAUAUCCUGCCAGAAAUACUACCAGCUCUGCUAUUCAGCGUUUGAUUGAUGCAGGUGUGGUAAUUGUUGGCAAAAUGGGAACUGUUCAAUUUGCUAAUGGCGAUAACCCCACGGCUGACUGGGUUGACUUUCACUGCCCCUUCAAUCCGAGGGGCGAUGGCUAUCAAGCUCCAGGGGGCUCGUCAUCCGGACCUGGUGCUGGCAUUGCCUCAUACGACUGGCUAGAUAUUGCCAUUGGUAGCGAUACAGGUGGCUCUAUGAGAAAUCCCGGAAGUCUGCAGGGUGUUUUCGCCAACCGGCCCUCAACUGGUGCAAUUGAUCUUGACCAUGUUCUACCGCUAUGUCAUGAUAUUGACACCGUGGGAGUUUUUGCUCGCGAUGCUGAGAUAUGGUCUACCACGAUGCAUGCAUGGUAUCCAAACUUCACCGAUUAUCAGAAGUACCCGACGAAAAUAUUUUAUCAGAAUUCUUCUUUUCCAGAUGCAAACACCGACGCGGGCUCUUUACUCGAAGCUCUUGUUCAAAAGGUGGAGACAUUUUUGGGAGCUCGGCGAGAAUACGUGGAUAUUGCUACUCGAUGGGAAGAAACACAUCCGAACAACGCACCUAGCAACCUGACGGAACUUCUUAAUACCACAUACGCUAUUCUCACAUCUGUUGGGCAGUAUCGCUCUUUGGCUCUACCAUUCUAUGCAGAUUACGCCGCGAAGCAUAAUGACCGCCAGCCAUUCGUCAAUCCCGGUCCGUUGAAGCGCUGGCAAUGGGGUCAAGAUAAUGGUGGAGACUAUGCUUAUAACCUGGCGUUGAAAAACAAGACAAUUUUUAGAAUAUGGUGGGAAGCCGAGGGGUAUGGCAGGGCCGACCUGCACACUUGCUCCGAGGGUGUGUACGUCUAUCCUUACAGCAAAGGCGAGACACAAUAUCGUAACGUCUACACCAGUGCACCCACGGAGCCACCUAUGGGAUUCAAGGAUGGGCGCAUAUCAAUCAUGGCCGACGUCCCGGAUUUUGUGGUUCCCGUGGGAGAGAUACCCUACAACUCGACCGUGUCUUUCAGAACAGAGUACAUGCCUGUCACGAUGAGCUUUGUCGCUGCGCGUGGCUGUGAUUUCAUGUUGGCCAACCUUAUUCGCGACUUACAGGCUGACAGCAUUCUCAAGCCAGUCAGCACAGGCCCAAAGAUGUACCCAUAA